GUCAGAGGCAACCGAUAAGUACUUUGCUUAAUUGUAUUUCGAAAUAGAAAUAAAUCGUGGAUUGAUAUUGCAAUCUUACGUGAUUAAAUGAAAAAAUUAAAAAAUAUACGCAUUUAUAUGGACCACAUCAAAAGAAUGCCGACAAAAUAUUUUCCACAUAUUAUCGGGUAGCUUUGUCUUUCCCAAAUAUAAACAAAAAUGGCCACCAAAACAAACUUUCAGAAAAAGGCACGUGGAAAAUUAUUACAAAUACCUGGCACACGACCUUCCUUGUACAAUAAUCAGCUGUUGGUGUCAACAGGAGUGCCUUCGCUGGAUCAUGUCUUGGGAGGUGGUGUAGCCGUUGGAACAGUUUUAAUGAUAGAGGAAGAUGUGUUUGGAGACUAUGCCCGAUUGUUAGUGAAAUAUUUUACUGCAGAAGCUGUGAUGACAGGUCAACCAAUGAUGCUAGCAAGUUUAGAUGUUGAACCAGAAGAUUUGAUUAAAGAUUUACCAGCCCCUAUAAUAGAUGAACGUAAAGAAGAGGACAAGACAGAAUCUAGUCAGCUAGCACAAGGAGAUGAUUCUAUGAAGAUUGCAUGGAGAUAUCAAAAUCUUCCCAAGUUUCAGUCAAAUCCUACUGGGAUUAAAUUUGGUCAUUAUUAUGAUUUAACUAAAACAAUGGAGAAACGUUUGGUGGAAUCUAUUGAUAUAAAAUGUCUUUCUACAACACAAUUAAACCAAAUAAAACUCCCAGUACAUGCUGCUGAAAUUAUGAAUAUUAAUUAUAUGAGACUCUUGAAUAAAAUAGCGAAGGUUAUCGAAGAGGGAAAAUAUUUAACAAAAGAUAAAGUGGACAAGAGAAAUAUAUUAAAAAUAGCUAUUCAUUCUUUAGGUUCACCCAUGUGGGGUGAAAAUAGUGGGCUAAAAUUAGAUGGUACAGGUCAUGACCCCUCAUUACCAAGGUUUUUACUAGGUUUACGUGCUUUAUUGAGAUCAUCAUUCGCUGUCUGUCUUCUUACAGUACCAACACACCUAUUUCAGGAAAACUCGUUUACUAGACAGGUAGAAAAAUUCUGUGAUACAGUUUUACAUCUAGAAAGUUUUUCCGGAUCAGAAAAAGAAAAGAAUCCCGUUUUUAAAGAAUAUCAUGGUUUGUUAAAUAUUCAUCAGUUACCCAGAUUAAAUACAAUGGCUGCCCAUGAACCAGAUACAUUAGACCUGGCGUUUAAAUUAAGGAGGAAAAAAUUCACAAUAGAGCCCCUUCAUCUUCCUCCGGAAAUGGCAGAACAAUCCAGUCAAGGUCAUGAAGAUCCAUUAAAACAUCUCAAAUCAUCAACUGCUGGUUGUGGGGGAGGAACAGGUAACAGCAAGUUAGAUUUUUGAGGGGGAAAAAGCAACAGCUGUGAAUCUUUUAUACUUGUUAAUGUUAUUGAUAUUUGUUAUAAAAUAAAUUUUGAAAUGGAUACCGAAUUGGUAAAACGUAAUUUGAACCUUAAUACAGGUUUUAUUUAGCCCAAUAAUCCAGCCUGUUUGUUCUCCUGACCUGGAUCACGACAGGCCUUGUUUGUCAUUUGGGUUUGUAGUUGAUUGGUGAGUCAUGGUUGCUAGGUGACUGUGGCACUGGCUAUUUCACCAUGAGGUCCUGGGUUUGAACACUGUGUUACCAUGAAAGCUCCUCACCAUUUUCUACCUUGUCAGGUGGUGCAUAAUAGAGGGUCUGGCAAGGUGAUGCAUGAGAGAGGUUCUGGCAAGGUGAUGCAUGAGAGAGGGUCUGGCAAGGUGGUGCAUGAGGGUCUGGCAAGGAAAAAGCAUCUAGUUGUUCAGAUGAGAACGUAAAAAAACCCUUAAGAGUUGGAAUUAAUGAAGUAGGUGAAAAAUUGCUGUAAGGGGAAAAUGUCUCUGGGUGCACACAGUGUGUCAUAUGGCCAUCUACAGUAAUAAAAUCAUGUUUCAUUUGUA